AUGCCACGAGUGGUUACUGUCGCCUUGUAUCAUCGAGAUCAUCUUUCCAAAGGUCACUCUCGGCGAGUUUUUGGCUACGAAGCUUAUCAUUGGGGAAUUAUUGUCAUGCCGGAAACUAGUCAAGGGCGAGAUUGUAAUGCUUAUGAAGCUACUGAUGCAUCCGAGAUCAACCCUAUCACAUUCCGGAUGAACAAUCCUCACAUGGAUUGGUGGUUCUGCGAAAAAGAACAUAUUGACCCCGAGCUUAGUUCUAAGCUUAUUGGGCGGAUUAUUAUUGGUCAGAUACCGGAGAAUGUUUCGGACCCUCAACUUCAUGAUUCCUUUUUCAGCGUCCCUUUACCGGUCAAAAACACGAAUCCGCAGCAGAGCUGCGUCACUUGGACCGUGGAUGCUAUUUUGGCCCUCCAAGAGCAGAAUUGGGCAUGGAAAUUCGAUAUUGAGCCAUUCAAGGAUUGGGCGCUCGCUUACGCCGACGAAAGAAUGAACGGGCCAAGUUCUAGGCAGCCGAAGGUGGCAACAUACGGUGGACAAAACUGA